AUGGCCGACGAACCGCCCACAAAGCGCAAGUGCCUGAGCUCCGACUGCCAGAACGAUGCGAGCUCGUUGCAGUGCCCGACCUGCCUCAAGCUGGGGAUCAAGGACAGCUACUUCUGCUCGCAGGACUGCUUCAAGAGAAACUGGGCCACGCACAAGAGCCUCCAUAAGCAGGAAAACAGUAUAUUCCACAACUUCUUCCCUCCAAAGGUAGUAUCUAAACCUGAUCCAGAGACCGGCGUCUACAACCCAUUCCCGCAAUUCCCCUUCACCGGCUCCCUGCGUCCCGUUUACCCGCUGUCCGAGCGCCGCACCGUGCCCAAGUCCAUCCCCCACCCCGACUACGCCGCCGACGGCAUCCCCAAGUCCGGCCGCUCCCUUGUCAACAGGAACAAGGUGGAGGUCCUUGACGAGAAGGCCCAGAAUGCCAUGCGCAAGGUCUGUAGGUUGGCGAGAGAGGUCCUCGACAUCGCCGCCGCCGCCAUCCGACCGGGCAUCACCACCGACGAGUUGGACCAGAUCGUGCACAACGCCUGCAUAGAGCGCAACUCUUACCCGUCACCCCUGAACUACAACCACUUCCCAAAGUCAUUCUGUACAUCUGUCAACGAAGUCAUCUGCCACGGCAUUCCCGACAAGCGGAUUCUCCUCGAUGGGGAUAUCAUCAAUCUCGACGUCACCCUGUACCACGAGGGCUACCACGGAGACCUCAACGAGACGUACUACGUGGGCGACCGGGCCAAGGCGGACCCCGACUCGGUGCGUGUUGUCGAGACGGCGCGGGAGUGCCUGGAAGAGGCCAUCAAGAUUGUCAAGCCGGGAACCCUGAUCCGGGAAUUUGGAAACGUCAUUGAGAAGCACGCAAAGUCCAAGGGCUGCAGCGUCAUCAGGACAUACGUGGGCCACGGCGUCAACAGCAUAUUCCACUGCCCUCCCAACAUCCCUCACUACGCCAAGAACAAGGCGGUUGGCGAGUGCAAGCCAGGCACGACGUUUACGAUUGAGCCCAUGAUUGCCCUGGGCAAGUACAGGGACGUAACGUGGCCAGACAACUGGACGAGCACCACGAUCGAUGGCAAGAGAACAGCUCAAUUCGAACACACGCUGCUCGUGACAGAGACCGGUGUGGAAAUACUAACGGCCAGGACACCGACGUCUCCGGGCGGGCCGGUGCCCAUGCCGGCUGGGACGGGGAAUGGCGAGGCAAGGAGCGACUAA